AUGUUUAUUAUUUGGUUUAUUUAUCAAUUCUGGAUAUUCAUUCAAGGAACUUCAUUAGCUUUAUCAUUUACUCGUGAUUUACGUAAUUUAACUAUUAUUUAUAAACCUAAUACUUUUAUUUAUCAUAUUUGUCAAAUAUCACAUUCAAUUAAUUCUAAACGUAUACGUUGGCAUUAUGAAUCUUUAAAUGAUACAAAUAAUGAUAGAGAUAUAUAUUGUAAACAAUUAUUUCAAAAUAAUAAUUGUUUUGAUUUUUAUUAUGGACCAUCAAUAAGUGUAUUAGUUAUUAAAGAACCUAAUAUGUUUAUUGGAAAAUAUACAUGUCAAAUUAAUUUAAAUUCAACAUAUGAAAUAAAAUCUAUGGGUUGGAUUGAUAUUAAAUUACCUUUAAAUAAUAUUAAUGAAAAUAAACAAUUAAUGAAAGUUUAUAAUGAAAAUGAAUUAGAAAAAUUAGCUAUUUAUUAUAAUGUACCAUUUAUUUUGGAUGUAAAUAAUUUAACAUCAUUUAAUAAACGAAUACAAUUAGGUGGUAUAUUUUAUACCGAAUGUAAAUCAAUAGAAAGUUUCUAUCCAAUGAAUUUUUUAUGGAUACAUUUACAAAAUAUAUCAGAAAAAAUGAAAACAAUACGUUUUAUUCAACAUGAUGGAAAUCGAAUAAUUAUUAAAGAAAAUAAUUAUUCAAGUUCAUUAUCUAUAUCUUCAGUUGAUCAUUCGGAUGAUGGUGAUUAUGUUUGUAUAGCUUCAAAUGAUUUUGGUCGAUCAUUUUCAAAUAAACGUUCAUUAAUUGUUAUCGAUACUCAAAUAAAACCAUUAUUAAGUUUUAGUAAUGUAAAAAGUCGAAGUGUUAUUUUGAAUUGGAAUAUAUCAAAUGAACGUUAUGAUUAUUUUAAUCAUUUCAUUAUUUAUUAUCGUCGUUUACAUAAUUUUGAGGAAAAUAUAAAUGAAUAUGAUGAAAUGAUUAAUAUUCAAGAUUAUGAACAAAUUCUUAUUGAUCCGCGUAUUACAAAUUAUAAUUUUACAUUUCAAAUAAUCGAUCUUAUUCCAUUUACAAAAUAUGAAUUUCGGCUUCAAGGUUUUAUUAGUGAUACACCAACAGAUUAUUCAAAUCCAGUUUUUAUUAUAACACUCGAUACUAUACCACAGAAAAUCGAAAAUCUUCAUGGUUAUGUAUGGAAUGAAACAUCAGUUGUUGUUCAUUGGACACCACCUAAUUCAACAAAUGGACCUAAUUUUUAUUACAUUCUCUACUAUACAACGAAUACAUCCAUUCCAUUUUCUCAAUGGUCUAAUAUUAUCAUUCAUACAUAUCCAUUUUAUAUUAUUUCAUUACCAAUAUCGAAUAAUUUUCAAUUAUUUAUUCGUAUUGCUAGUGUUAAUGCAAAAGGUUUAAUAUUAAGUGAUUUUCAUAUAAUUAAUAAUAGUUUAUUAAAUAAUCGUUUGAUAUUAACAAUAAAUAAAUUUCAAUGUUUUUCAAAUAAUCAAAAUCAAUUAUUAACUCUUCAAUGGUCUAUCGAUAAUAAAUCUCAUUUACAUAUUAAAAACUAUCUUCUAUAUUAUUCUGAUUUAACACAGAAUAAUAAUUUUAUUCGAUUAUUAGUAAUUCCAAUUGACUUACUUUCAAUAAAUCGUCAAUCAAUAUAUAAUGUAUUGAAAUAUGAAUUUAAUAUAUCUUUAUUAAAUUUAAAUUAUAAUCAAUAUCAUAUUUUACGUUUUUAUUUAUUUACUAUUGAUCAAAAUCAAAAUCAAUUAUUCACAACACUUUCACCUAUUUACUAUAUAUUUACAAGAAAAUCUGAUAAAGAUUUUAUUCGUUUAUCAUGGACUAAACCUGAUCGUUUAACAUCAAUAUAUGGUUAUAUUAUAAAAUAUCGUCCAAUAAAUUCAAAUCAAUCAUGGAUUGUACGACAAACAAAUACAACACAAAUUAUUUUAAAUGAACUUCGUCCUAUAACAAAAUAUGAAAUUAUUUUACAAGCUUAUACAAAUUCAUCAUAUACAGAUUCAUCUGGACCAUCAACACGUAUUGAAGCUAUGACAGAUGAAACAGUUCCACUUGUUGCACCUAUUAAUGUAAGUGCACAUAUGAUUAAUCAAACAGCAGCCAAUAUAUCAUGGAUAUAUCCACUUGAUUCCAAUAAUCCAGAUGAUAUAUCAUUACUUGGUGGAAUGAUUAAAGGUUUUUAUGUUAUUGUUUUUGCACCUGAUUCAAUUCAGCCACCAAUUGUUCAUCGAAAUUAUCAAGGUACUAUUGGUACACAGUAUUGGGAUAUUGUAGGUAAUUUAAUACCUGGUACAACAUAUCAUGCACAAGUUAAAGCAUUUACAAAGAAAGGUGAUGGAAAACCAAGUGUAGCUUAUAUAUUUACAGUACCAAAAGAAGAUUCUCGAAAUUUUUCUCCAAGUAAUUUAACUGCAUAUAUAGUUAAUGCUCAUACAUUAAGUGUCACAUGGGAUUUACCAUCUAAUGUAAAUGAUAUCGAUAAAAUCUAUAUAACAAUUAUUGAACUUAAUCAAAUAAAUCGAACAAUUCAAAUGCAAUCAUUUGAUAAUACAAUUAAAAAACUCGAUAUUCAAAUCAAUGAUAAUGAACCAUAUAGUAUUCAUCAAAAUACAACUGUACAUUUUUCUGCACGGUGUUUAAAUCGUAAUGGUCAAAAUUCUUCAACAAUUGAUUAUCAACUUUAUAUUAAUAUGUUAAAUCCAUCUCCACGUAAUGUUCGUGUUAUUCGUAUAAAUGAAACAACAAUUCAAGUUUUUUGGUCAUCAAUAUAUUAUCCACCUGUUGAACGAUAUAUAAUUCAUUAUAAUGAUAAAGCUGAAAAUAAACCUGAACCUCAAUGGUCACUUUAUUCUCCGACUAAUUUAGGUGUAACAUCAGCUAUUAUAAGUGGUUUGAAACCAGCUGCAAUGUAUAAUGUACGUGUUAGUGCUGAAUUUUCUCAUACUGAUCCAUUAUAUACAUCCGGAACAACAAGACGUGAAGGUGAUUUAUCGGAAAUUCAUGUAGCUGAUAUAUAUCGUCGUACAAAAUAUAUCAUUCAAUAUGAUAAUCAAUUAAGUCGCCCAUAUAAUAUGACUUAUACAGAUUUAACAUCUAAUAGUGUUAAAUUAUUAUUUUUAUUUAAUGAAACAAAUCAUGAACCACAUCGACAAAUACAAAAACUUGAAGUUCAUUAUGAAGGUGUACAAAAUUAUAUCGAUAGUUUAGGUACAGCACGUUCAACAUCUCAUCAUAAUUCUGCUGGUCUUAUAACACUUCCACCAACACAAGGUAAACGUGAAUGGUUAGUAACUGGUUUAGUACCAAAUACACAUUAUAUGCUUAAUUUAACUGGUACUAUAACAACAUCAGAACAAUCAACGUUUAAAAUUUAUAGUCGACCAGCAACAAUACGAUUUUCAACUGAUUAUGAUUCUCCAACAUAUGUUGAUCGACCUGAACAAGAUCGACGUACAGUGAUCAAUGGAAAUAAUCAACAAUUUUAUCUUCGUUUACAUCGUGCAUCAACAAAAAAUGGCCCUAUUAAUCGAUAUUAUAUUGUUGUUCAUCUUAAUGAUUAUACAACAUAUCCAUCAUAUGUACCACAAGAAGGUCGUCGUGAAUGUUGUUAUACAGCUGCAGUAUUUAAUGAAUCUCAAUUACCGGAAAUGUUUAUAUUAGGUGAUGGAAAACAAACACACGAUUGGGAACCAUUUUCAGGUCGAAUUUAUAAUAAUUCACCAAUAUUAAAUACAAUUAAAGUAAAACUUGUUUCAUGGGGUUUUAAUAGUAAAAAAGAAAAUUUAACAACAUCAAGUCCAACAAUACAAAUACAUAUACAAACAAAAUUAGUUCAAACAUCUAAUGAAGAAACAUUUAAUAAAUUAUUAUGGAUAUUUGGUAUCAUAUUUCUAUUAUUUAUUAUUCUUAUUAUUGUUAUUUUAUUUUCAUUAAAAUUUAAUCGAACAAAAAAGAAAUCUUUAACACCACCACCUGAAUGUGUACCAUUUGAUUUAACACCUAAAGUUUUAACAAUGGAAAUGCAAAUGCCAAUUUUACCAUCAACUAUAACACCAGCUUCAUCUGGUGAACCUGUUGAAAUACGACGAAUACAACCAAUAACAAAUUAUCCACCGAUACCAAUUGAAGAAUUUGCAACACAUCUUGAACAUUUGAAAGCUGUAGACAAUUAUAAAUUUUCUCAAGAAUAUGAAUCGAUUGAUCCAGGUGAACAAUUUUCUUGGGAAAAUUCUAAACUUGAAUGUAAUAAAACAAAAAAUCGUUAUGCUAAUGUUGUUGCAUAUGAUCAUUCACGUGUUAUAUUACGACGAAUUGAUGGUAUUAUUGGUAGUGAUUAUAUAAAUGCAAAUUAUUUAGAUGGUUAUAGAAAACCAAAUGCUUAUGUAGCAACACAAGGACCAUUACCAAAUACAUUUGCAGAUUUUUGGAGAAUGAUUUGGGAAACAAAUUCAACUUGUAUUGUUAUGAUGACAAAAUUAGAAGAACGAAAUCGUCUUAAAUGUGAUCAAUAUUGGCCAAGUCGUGGAACGGAAACAUAUGGAUCUAUUCAAGUUACUUUAACAGAUUUCAUUGAAUUAGCUUCUUAUAGUAUACGAACAUUUACUAUAGCAUGGAGUGGUCAUCCAGAAAAACGAGAAGUUCGACAUUGUCAAUUUACAGCAUGGCCGGAUCAUGGUAUAUUAGAGCAUGCGACAUCAUUUUUAAUGUUUGUUCGACGAGUUAAAACUCUUCAAUUAUCUGAUACAACUCCAAUAGUUGUACAUUGUUCAGCAGGUGUUGGUCGCACUGGUUGUUUUAUUGUUAUUGAUGCUUUAUUAGAACGAUUAAAAUAUGAAAAAACAAUUGAUAUUUAUGGUCAUGUUACUUUAUUACGUGCUCAACGAAAUUAUAUUGUUCAAACUGAAGAACAAUAUAUAUUUAUCUAUGAAGCAAUAAAUGAAGCAAUACAAUCAGGUCAAACUGAAGUUGCAGCUAGAAAUUUAUUAACACAUUUACAACGACUUUUACAACCAAUAAAUGAUAGUUCAUUAACAGAAAUGGAACUUGAAUUUAAACGUUUAGCAAAUAUUAAAGCUCAACCAUCGAAAUUUAUUAGUGCAAAUAAUCCAUCAAAUAAAUUUAAAAAUCGUCUUGUGAAUAUUUUACCAUAUGAAAAUACUCGAGUAUGUUUAUCUCCAAUACGUGGCAUUGAUGGAUCUGAUUAUAUUAAUGCAUCUUAUAUUGAUGGUUAUCGAUUUAAAAAUGGUUAUAUUGCAACACAAGGACCAUUAAAUGAAACUAUUGAUGAUUUUUGGAGAAUGAUAUGGGAACAUAAUGUAACAAUAAUUGUUAUGCUUACAAAAUUAAAAGAAAUGGGAAGAGAAAAAUGUGCUCAAUAUUGGCCAAUAGAUCGAUCAAUACGUUAUGGAUAUUUUAUUGUUGAUCCACUCGGUGAAUAUCAUAUGUCACAAUAUUUAUUAAGUGAAUUUAAAUUAACUGAUACAAGAGAUGGUCAAUCUCGAACUAUUCGACAUUUUCUUUAUACGGAAUGGCCUGAACAAGGUGUACCUAAAGUUGGUGAAGGAUUUAUUGAUUUUAUAGGACAAGUACAUAAAACUAAAGAAGGUUUUGGUCAAGAUGGUCCAAUUGUUGUACAUUGUUCAGCAGGUGUUGGAAGAACUGGUGUAUUUCUAACAUUAAGUAUUGUACUUGAACGAAUAAGGUAUGAAGGUGUUAUUGAUGUAUUUCAAACGGUGAAAUUGUUACGUACACAACGACCAGCACUUGUUCAAACAGAAGAUCAAUAUCAAUUUUGUUAUCGUUCAGCACUUGAAUAUUUAAGUUCAUUUGAUAAUUUGAUAUGA